AUGGAGGAUGCAGAAAUUGCGGAAGCUGCAGAGGAUGCCGCGGAGGAGGUGGUGGUUGUGGAGAUUGAAGAGGCCGACUUGAGUGUGGAGGUGGAAGGGAAGGAGGAGGAAGGUAAGGAGGAGGAAGAGAAGGAGGAGGAGGAAGAGGAGGAGGAAGAGGUUGAUGUGGAAAUUGAAGGGGAUGAGUUGCGUGUAGAAAUAGAGGACGAUGCGGUGAGCAUGGAUAUAACGGAGGAGGAGGUAGAGGAAAGCAUGCACGCGGGCGUGGCUGCAGUAGGCGCGUUUGUCGGCUGGCAUCCCGUGGAAGCUAGCGGAAGGGGCGCCUCCGCCCCGCGCGGGGCCCGCGGCGGAGCGGACGGCGCGGGGGAAAGCGCGGAGGGUUUGCGCGGGGCGGAGGGGCCCCGGACUCCCGACGGGUGGUUUGGGGAAUCAGCGCUGGUAGGCGCGCGGGAUGGGGGCCGGGGGGGCGAUAGCGCGGAUGAUGGUUCGGAAAUUAGAGCAGCGGUAGGCGGAAGGGAUAGCGCAGCGGAUGCGGAAGAGGGUCGCGCACGAGGGGAAGGGGAAGGGGGGAAGGGGAGGCGGCGAGCGGGCCGCAAGUCGGUGGGGAGGGGUAGGGCGGGGCAGGGGAGAAGGAGAACCGGGAAGGGCGCGGGAGAUUCAGCUAGGACAGGCACGGGAGGUGGGAGUGGAAGCACGGGCAACGAGCAGGGGGGGUCGGGGGUAGCGGAAACGCAGGCGGGUGGGACGUUUCAGGGGAAGGAGGAGGAGAAGCAACGCACGGGAGGACGUUCAACGAGGAAAGAAGUGCGAACGAGGGGGAGGGCCGCGGGGACAGCUGGAGCAGCAGCGAGAUUGAGGAAGGAGAGGAGGGAGAGUGCGAAGAGGGGGGAGAGAGCGGAGAGGGCGGAGAGGGCGGAGAGGAGAGGCAAGGCCAAGGCUCGAGAUGUCUUAUGGUUGAAACGGCAGAGCUUAGAACGAGGGGGUAAGGCCGGUGCGAACACAGGGGCGAAAGCAGGGGCGAAAGCAGGGGCGAAAGCAGGGGCGAAAGCAGGGGCGAAAGCAGGGGCGAAAGCAGGGGCGAAAGCAGGGGCGAAAGCAGGGCCGCAAGCAGGGGCGAAAGCAGGGCCGCAAGCAGGGGCGCAAGCAGGGCCGCAAGCAGGGGCGCAAGCAGGGCCGCAAGCAGGGCGGCAAGCAGGGGCGCAAGCAGGGCCGCAAGCAGGGGCGCAAGCAGGGGCGCAAGCAGGGGCGCAAGCAGGGGCGACUCCUGAGUUUAUGAAAAUGCGUUUGAGAAAGGGGCAGAGAGGAGGGGUGAGGGGCGGAGGGCAGAGGAUGGAAGGGGUUGGCAAGGCAAGUGGUGUGACUCCUGAGUUUAUGAAGAUGCGUUUGAGGAAGGGGCAGAGAGGGGUGCCUCUGGUGGAGCAUGGGGGGCCUAUGGUGGGGCAUGGGGUGGAGGUGGAGCAGGGUAGGCCGUGUGGUGGGGCUGUUUCUGAGGCGCCUCAGAAGGAAAGGCUUAGGCCGUGUGUUGGGGCCUUUUCUGAGGAUUCUCAGAAGGGAAGGCUUAGGCCGUGUGGUGGGACUGUGCGGGAAGGAAGGAAGCGGAAGCGGGCAGAUGCGAGGGUGGAAGAAGCGGAGAGCGCGGGUGGGGGGCUGGCAGACGAGGAGGACGGAGCAUGUAGAGGCGUGGAUGCAUGGGAUGAGUCUCCGUUGAAUAGUCCUCUGCGUGGGGCUGCUGGGGCGUCAGUCACAGUUGGGAGAGCAGUGGGAGCAGAGGAAGCAGUGAGGGGGGAAGUGGGAGCAGUGGGUGUAGUGAGGGCAGUGAGAGAACUAAGGGCAGUGAGAGAAGUGAGUGCAGGGACUGGAUCUGCAGCAGCAGCAGCAGCAGCUGCUGCAUUUGGGAGUCCCAUUGAUGUAGCUUCGCCUGAUAAUGUCACACGGUCUGCCAAUGCUGCCAGUGCUGCCACUGCCGCCACUGCUGCUGGUGACAUCACUGCUGCCACUGCUGCUAAUGCGACAAAUGCACCAUCCCUUAAUGCGCAUGUUGUUUCUGACUCGCCACGACCCGCAACACCACCCCCUGCUUCCUCACGUCUCCAACGCUCCAAUGCUGCCGGUGCUACCACCGCUGCCAAUGCUACCAACGCUACUAACACGGCCAAUGCACCAUCCCCCAGCGUGUCAGCUCCUUCCAACGCGCCACUACCUGCCACACCUCCUCGUGCUGCUUCACGUCACCAACGCUCCACAGCUGCCGGUGUAGCCAAUGCUGCAAACGCUACUAGCGUGGAUAAUGCAACAUCCCCCAGCGUACCCCACACCGAUGGCUCUCGCAUUGUCAAUGUGGAGUACUCUCGGAGUGGUCGCCCGCGCUUCCCUCUUCUGGCCUACUGGAAGCACGAGAGGAUUUUCAGCCCUGUGGAUGUGGACCGACCUUGUAUACUGCUAGGGCUGCAGCCAACGACGCGUGCAGAGGAACUGAAGAUUAUCAAGAAAGGUGUGGGGAGAGCAGUGGCUGCUGAAUCGACUCGACAGUCACCUAGGAGGAUGGGGAGGAGUGCUCAAGGGGAAGGGGGGGUUGAGGUGGAGAGUCUGGUUGAUCCGGCUGGAAUGACAAGUGUGGGGAGAGUGGUGGCUGUUGAAUCGGCUCUGAAGUCGCCUAGAGGGAGGGGGAGGUGUGCCCAAGUUGGGGUUGAAGCGGACGGUUUGGGUAAUUCUCCUAGAAAGGCAGGGGCGGGGAGAGUGGUGGCUACUGAAGCAACUCGAAAGUCUCCCAGGCUGAGGGGAGAGUAUGGGGAAGGCGGGCAGGAUAAAGAGGAUAUGAUAGAUUUGACUGGGGAGGCGGAUGGGGGGAGAGAGGCGGUGGCGGAGGAGGGAAGAGGGGUUGGAAGGGAGGAGGGAGGAAAUGGGGAGGGGGAUAUGGGCGGAGAGGUGGUGAUGGAGGGAGCUGAGGAGAGGAGAGAGGAGGGAAGAGAGGAGGUAGGAGAGGAGGGAGUGGAGGGUGGAGGGAAGGGGGAUGGAGAUGGAGGAGUAGGAGGGGAGGGUGAAGAGGAGGAAAGAGGGGAGGGUGAAGGGGAGGGAGAAGAGGAGGGAAGAGGGGAGGGUGGAGGGGAGGGAGAAGAGGAGGGAAGAGGGGAGGGUGGAGGGGAGGGGGAAGAGGAGGGAAGAGGGGAGGGUGGAGGGGAGGGAAAAGUGGAAGGGAACGGGGAGGAUGGAAGGGAAAAAGAAGAAGCGGAAGCUCCUGUAAUGGGGGCUACAGAUAAGGAUGCUGUAACAAGUGUGACUUUAGCGAGUGUGUUGAAGGGAGCUGGGAGAACCGUUGAUGGGACAGUGGUGGGAGGAAGAACUGUGCCUGGUAGGGCUGCCAAGGCUGCUGCUCUGGCUCAGAUAUUCCGAACCUCGAGAACAGGGCAGAAGGGGAGAGUGGAUGUGGGUGCGGAGAAGGGAAGAGUGGUGGAGAAUGCGGAGGAAGGGAGAGUGGAGAGGGUUGGAGAGGGGGGUGACGGAUUGGAUGGGAGUGGGGGAGGCGCGAGACAGCAAGAAGAGGGGGAAAGCAUGGGAAAAGGGAAUGGGGAAGCGAAGGGGAGGGCGAAGGGGAGGGCGAUGGGGAAAGCGAUGGGGAAAGCGAUGGGGAAAGCGAUGGGGAAAGCGACGGGGAAAGCGAUGGGGAAAGAAAGCGGUCUCAAGAGGAAAAGAGAGGAGGUACAGGAAAUUGAAAGGAGGAGUGUCAGAGUGACCAGAUCGAUGGCUAGGAUUGCUCGAGGGGAUAGUGGGGAAGUGGGGAAGGUGGGAGGAAAGGGGAAGGGUUUAGGGAAGGGGAAGGGGGAAGAGAAGGGGAAAGGGGAAGGGAAGGGGAAGGGGGAAGAGAAGGGGAAGGGGGAAGGGAAGGGGAAGAAGGUGGGGAAGGGGAAGGAUGAUUCGCCCCCCCCACCCUCCCCUCCUCCCUCUGUCAACAUCUCCGAAUCUACUCGCAAUCGCUUCUCUGCUUCAACCUCUGCCUCUGCUUCUGCCACUGCGGCUGCCGCUGCCGCUGCUGGUAACCCUAUGGCUUCACCGUCACACGCCGCUAGGAACCGGCCUAAUCAGGAUCAGAACAACCGCGGGCAGAACCACCCCUCUCAAGACGAACCCCCGGAAAGCCCCGCCUCUGCGUCUGCUUUCGCUCCUGCCGCCGCUCCUGCACUGGAUCACAUGGGGUGGACGGCGGGUCAAGUGAGAGCGUUUCACGAGGCCAUGAGUGCAGUGAAUCCGCAUGCAGAGGGGUUCUGGGCGCGGGUGGCCCUGUGGGUGCCUGGAAAGACCGCGACUGAGUGCUUUGACCGGCAUCAUGAUCAGUUUCCGACGCCGCGGAAACGGAGGGAGAGGCAGAGGCGGUUGAUUGGAGGGGGUGGGAGGGGGGAGGAGGAGGGGCAGCAGGAGGAGCAGGGGCAGGGGCAGCAGCAGCGAGGGGUGCCGAUUGGGGAGUCAUCCCAUGCUGCGUUUGUUGCUGCUUGUGUGGGGAUUGGGCCUGUGGGAGGUGCGGAUGGUGCAGGGGAGGGCGGGGAGGGGUUGGAAGGGGUGGAGAUGGGUGAGAUUGAGGUGUGUGUGCCUUCCAGGUGUGUGUGCCUUCCAGGUGUGUGUGCCUUCCAGGUGUGUGUGCCUUCCAGGUGUGUGUGCCUUCCAGGUGUGUGUGCCUUCCAGGUGAGUGUGCCUUCCAGGUGUGUGUGCCUUCCAGGUGUGUGUGCCUUCCAGGUGUGUGUGCCUUCCAGGUGUGUGUGCCUUCCAGGUGUGUGUGCCUUCCAGGUGAGUGUGCCUUCCAGGUACGUGGGAUGGGACGACAUGCCAUACCCUUCUCCAGAAGUCCCCACCAUCCCCCAUUCCCCCAUCGCCCCAUCCCACACGCAACAGGCAGUCUUGCAGCACGACGAGCAGAGCAGCGUCGUCUCUGCAGUCGCACUUCCCGAGGCGGUGCAAGCAGUGCAGUGCCAGCACAAGGACGACUUCACGCAGCACGAUGAGGAAAUCAGCGCCAUGUUUGCUGUCGCCCCCCUCUGUGUUGCCUCACCGCUCUCCACCCCAUCCCACCCUCCCUCACAGACGGUGCAAGCAGUGCAGUGGACGACUUCACGCAGCACGACGAGCAGAUCAGCGCCAUGUCUGCUGUUGCCCCCCUCUCUGCUGCUUCACCCCCUUCACCCCCCUCUCCUCUCACAGGCGGUGCAAGCAGUGCAGUGCCAGCACAAGGACGACUUCACGCAGCACGACGAGCAAAUCAGCGCCAUGUCUGCUGUCGCCCCCCGCCUCGCCCUCGCCAUGGCCUCUGCUGCUCACAAGAGGCUGUACAGCCCUGCAGCAGCAGCAGCAGGUGCUGCUGCCAUUGCCCCCGCUCCUGCUGCUGCUGGCGCCUCUGCUUCUGCUGCUGCUGCUGCUGCUGCUGCUGCUGCUGCUUCUAGCGCUGCUGCUUUGGGGAACGCAGAACGAGGUUCAGCUGGGGAGAGUCCGGAUGGUUCAAAACAAAAGUACUCCACGUAUGUGGACCGCAUCAUUCGGGAGAAGCAGAGCAGCAGCUUGCCACGGCCGCACAAAACAGGCGGCAGUCAGUCAAGAAGGGGGGGGCGAGGUGGAGGGAGAGGGAAUGUAAAGGGUGGGGGAACAGGAGGAGUAGGACGAGGAGUAGGAAGGGGAGGAAAGGCCGUUGGAAAAGGGAGGGGGGGAGGACGGGGAAAAGGUUUGGGGAAGGGAGGUGGAGGUCCGGGAUCAGGAGAUUCGGAAGUGAUUGGACCGGGGCUGAAUUAUCUUGCCGGUGCAUUGGGGGGCGAGAGGGAGGUGAAGGCGUUGGUGGGAGCAUAUGAGAUGCAGAAGCGGCAUCUGGAGUUGACUGCUAAGCAUGCAGAGGCACUUGCUCUUGGUGCUUCAAGGGAUGGUGGUGAUGGCGGUGGGGGGAUGAGGAGGCUGGGGUGUGGGGCAUGGGAGGUUUGUACAUGGGAUGAGGAGGAUGAGGAUGAGGAGGAGAAUGAGGAGGACGACGAGGAGGAAGAUGGGGAGGAAGAAGAGGAGGGGUGGGUGGGACGCAUUGAGGGGGGUGGAGGCGAAGGAGAGGGUGGGGGAAUGGGAGAUGAAGGGGGAGAACGGGAGCAGUUGGAGUGUGGCGAGAGAGAUGAAGGGGAGGAUGAGGAGAAUGAAACGGAGGAAGCGGAGCUGGAAGAGGAGGAAGAGGAUUGA